AUGAAUCAAUCGCGAAAUUUCACAUCGCUGUUGAAUCCGAGCUACCUGCAGAACGCACAGCAACAACAGCAGCAACAGCAAAAUGCCGCGAGCGCGAACUCGGCUGCAGUUGCAGCCGCGGCGGCCGCAGCCGCCGCCGCGGUGAGUGCGGCGAUCGCGAACGGUACACAGAUGAACGUGAACACGGCGAACGCCGUACCACCGACUCGAAAGCGGGAAGCGGAUGGUGAUUGUAAACAGGAUAAAGAAUCGAAAGAUGGAGAACGUAGGAAGAGGAAAAAGACUAGAUGGAGUGGUAGCGAACAUGACAAAACAUUUAUACCAGGGAUGCCAACAGUACUACCGACAAAUCUGACUCCUGAACAGGAGAGGGCUUAUCUCUUUCAGCUGCAGAUUGAGGAAAUCAGCAGGAAGCUACGCACUGGAGAUCUUGGAAUUCCGCUUAACCCCGAGGAAAGAUCCCCAUCUCCAGAGCCCAUUUACAGUAGUGAUGGUAAACGGUUGAACACGAGAGAAUAUCGUACAAGACGUAAAUUAGAGGAAGAACGUCAUAAUCUGAUUCAGAAGAUCCUUAAGAUCAAUCCAGAAUUUAAGCCACCACCAGAUUAUAAACCACCAAUAAUACGAGUUCAUGAUAAAGUAAUGAUUCCUCAGGAAGAGCAUCCUGAUAUAAAUUUUGUUGGUUUGCUUAUUGGACCGCGUGGAAAUACUCUAAAAUCUAUGGAAAAAGAAACUGGCGCAAAGAUUAUAAUUCGUGGAAAGGGUUCUGUGAAGGAGGGGAAAGUAGGCAGAAAAGAUGGACAGCCUUUACCGGGCGAGGAUGAACCUUUGCAUGCAUAUAUUACCGCAAAUAAUUUAGAUGCUGUUAAGAAAGCUGUGGAACGAAUUCAUGAGAUUAUUCGACAAGGAGUGGAAGUGCCAGAAGGUCAAAAUGACUUGAGACGUAAUCAGUUACGCGAGUUGGCUUUAUUGAACGGGACAUUGCGCGAGAAUGACGGACCUCGUUGUACCAAUUGCGGCGCUUCAGAUCACAAAUCUUGGCUGUGUCCUGAUAAACCAAAUGUGACAAACAACAUAGUGUGUUCAAGUUGUGGCGGUGCAGGACAUAUUGCUCGAGAUUGUAGAUCAAAGAGACCUGGCCAGGGAGGGCCAGCAGCCGCUGGAAUGGGGGGAAUGGGUCAAGCUGGAGACAAAGCCAAGAUAGAUGAGGAGUAUAUGUCGCUCAUGGCGGAAUUGGGAGAGGGUCCACCACCAGACAGAUCAAAAACUGGACAAAAUAGACAGAAUCCCAAUCCUAAUUAUCCUGGACUUUUUGACAGGCAACAGCCACCUCGCGCGUUGAUGGCUGCUCCGGCACAUCCGCCGCCGCAGAUGAUGCAGGGCGGCCCGAUGAUGCCACCGCCGAGUAUGGCACCACCACCGUGGAGUCAGGGAGGCGAAGGAAUGAAUAAUAUGAACAUGCAGUGGCAACCGCCGGUGAGCAUGCCACCGCCACCGGGCGUGAUGCAGCCACCACCACCACCACCUGGUUCCACUACGCAACCCAACAUUCCGCCGUUAAUGCCGUGGAUGGCUGGCAACAACCAACCGCCGCCACCAGGUCAAAUGCCACCUACGCAGAUUCCACCACCCGGAAUGGGUAUACCACCGUGGCAGCAGGGUCAGCAGGGACCGAUGCGGCCACCACCUCCGGGCACGGCGCCGCCCCCAGGAUUCCCUGGUGGCUGGCAGCCUCAACAGAUGGGUGGCUGGCCACCGGCUGCUCCGGUCCCACCCCCUCCUCAACAACAAACUCCCGCACCACCCGGGAUUGACCUGAAUACGCUGCCGACGUUACUAGCACAACCACCGCCACCACCUCCGCCCACCAGUUAGUGUAACGUAGUUUAAUCACGUAACCAUUGACUUCCGAUCUAUGUAAUAGCAAAACGAUAUCAUUGAGAUUGAGAAGAAUUUGAUGGAGACAAGAAAAUGAAAGGUAGAGAAUAGAAACUGAAAGAGGCAUUAUGUCCUAAUAAAAAGUGAAAAGAUUGAGAUAGAUAAGAAACUAGGAAACGAUGUAAUCAAAUCGCAACUUUGAUUUGAGUGAUCGAUUUAUUAUUAUAAUUUUUUUCAUGUAUAAUCUCUUGCUUUUUGUUAUGAAGAUAUUCUGAUGUGAUCAUUAAAAGAAUUCUGCAAGCUGGAUAUAGCUAAAAAACUCUGAAAUCAUAUUUAUUAAUGUAGCACAUAAUUUUACCUUGUUACAGAUUUUAAUUUACCGCGAAUAAUAAAUGCUGAAAUUUCGUAUAUGUCAUGUGAAUAGCAUCACGUCGUAAGUGACUUAUGACGCAUAAAUUCUCUCAUAAAAGCACAAGCGAUUCUACAUUUUUUUUUAUUUCAUUCCGAAAUCGAAUCUAUCAAUGUUGAAGAAUUGUAACAUAGGUAAAAACAUUUGUUCAUAUAUUUUAUUUAUAUAUAUAUAUAUAUAUAUAUAUAAUACUCUAAAAAUACUAUAUAUAUAUACACCUAUUACAAUUCAUAAUUUUUAGCACAUAAGUGAUCGAUACUAUUAUUUUUGAUUAAGAUGAUGAAAUUGUAGAAGUGAUAAUAAUUUCUGUGACGUUCACGUAAUAUUUCAGGAUGUAUGCCAAAACUUAUUUGUAAAUUGGACGUAAAAACUUCUUACAUUCUGAAUCUUUUGAGCACUGGAAGAUUUUACGUUUCUAAUACUUUAAAGUUAGUAAGGGAAAAAAAAGUUCAAUAUACUGUACGCAAGAACGUCAAUUGAAUCGCGCGUUAGAUAAAUAUCCACGGGCGAUGCAGGACAAUACAAACUCAUUGGCGACUUUAGAUUUAGUCCACUGAAUCAUCGUUUCUAUAGCAACGUAUGUGUAACCUUCGAUCGUAAAUAUCCAGAUUGUACACAUAUGCAGAGUUGUCCUUAAGUAUACUAAAAGAGGUGAUUUCUCACAUUAAAAUGGAAAUUUCAUAUGACUGUAUGUUCAAAAUGAUUUAGUCUUGAAGAUGCAAAGUGCUAAAGUUGAAAAAAAUCUUUUUUCUAAAUGUUAUUUUUCUAAAAAUUUUUUAAUCACUCGAGUUACAUUGGUGAAAUUUUGUGCAUGUUUCAAAAAUAUAUAGGUUCAUCCUGAGUCAAACUUUAUUUUUUUGCGAAGAAAUUAAUGUUUUCAAAUUUGAAGUUUUUAUGAUAAAUGGAGUAAAAAUCAGCACAAAAACAUCUUUAUAUUAUUUUUGAUUGAAUAAACCAUUUUCGAGAAAAAAAUUUUGCUUAAGGCUUUUAUUUAAUGUAUUUAAGAAUACUAAAAAGUUUAUGAAUUGUCUUCAUGUCUUGAUUCAUUGUUAAUGCCUGCUAAUAACUAAGAUACAAUCAAGACAUGGAAAUAACUCAUUAAUCUCUUAAUAUUUUUGAAAAAAGAAUGUCUUGGACUUGUAUCUUUGAAACUGAGACGUUUCAGGCAUGGUAAUAUAAAAUUUUCAUCUUGAAUUAUAUAUUAUUAUGUAAGGAAUCACCCCUUAAAAUCUUAGAAUACUUAAAAAUUACUCUGGAUAUUUAUAUUUAGAUAGUCAUAAUUGUAUUAUGACACGAACGAAUUUAUAUAUUUUAGCAGUAAAAAAAGCUUUGCUGCUAAAAUAUUGAAUUAGGCAAAUGGAAGUAUCAUGGAACUUAAUUUCACGGUAUCUUGUUUUUUUUUGCAAAGUCGAAUAAACAAACAAAUUGUACACUGUUCGUCCGUCAGCGUCACGACGACGACCUUAAAUUACAAACGUCCAAGCGCAAUAAUUUCUUACUGUACCUUAACCUCGUGUUAAAAGGGAGAUUUUAAACAAGAUGAUUCGCGAAGAUUUCGAACCAUAUAUGUUACUUUGUGCUAGGUUAGUAUUACAUGUGUUGAAUGUAUAAUGAAUUAAAUUAUUGAUAGAAAUAUGCUAGGUUGCUUGCUAUGUAUUCAAAUUACAUAAUAAACACAUAUGAAACAAA